ACAUUUAAAAAAUCGAAUGAAACUGGUGCAACAUACAUAAUAGAUAUUUUAUAUUCUUAAAAUUAAGUAUAGAAGAAUACAAUUUAUUGAAAUAAAUGAUCCGUUCUCAAAACUCAAAAGGCGAAAAUGGUUGCUAAAUAGUCGCAUACUCAAAACCCCCCUCUAUCUCCCUCCCUUUACAAUUGAAAUUCAAAAUAAUGGGAACUGGCUAGUCAAUCGGGGUUACUUGAAGAAUUUUCCAAAACUCAUCGGUGUUGAAUCUUCAAAUCCUAGUUGUUCGCCGGAGAAUCUCCGAUUUCUUCAAUACUUUAAAUCUCUUCAGCGUCGUCCUCAAUCCACCGCCCAAGAGCCGUCUCUCCUCUUAAAGCGUAGCGGUGACUCGCGAAGAUCUCCAAUACUCUUCCGUUGGCUUUGGAAUCAUCCAGCAGUUACUCCUCCGUCUCGGCCAGCUGAAGAGAGAGGUUUCUGUUCUUUUGCAGUAAUGUCGAUUCUCAGUAGAUUCUUUCACAAAAAGGCUCCAGAUGGAUUGAUCGAAUUUGUUGACAGAGUAUAUGUCUUUGAUUCUUGUUUCUCGACUGAAGUUCUGCCUGAUGGAGUAUACCAACUUUACUUGCACGAAAUUCUGACCGAAUUACAUGAAGAGUUCCACGAAUCAUCUUUUCUUGCGUUUAAUUUUCGAGAAGGAGAGAAACAGAGCCAGUUUGCUAAAAAUUUAUGCGACUACGAUGUCAUAGUCAUGGAUUAUCCUCGGCAAUAUGAGGGUUGCCCCCUUCUGCCUUUGUCUUUGAUUCACCAUUUCCUUCGUGUAUGUGAGAAGUGGCUUUCUCAGGGUAAUCAGCAGGAUGUUAUUCUGCUCCAUUGUGAGAGAGGGGGUUGGCCACUAUUGGCAUUCCUUUUGGCCAGCUUUGUGAUUUUCAGGAAGAUGCAUAGUGGAGAGAAGCGGACACUUGAGAUUCUUCAUCGAGAAGCUCCUAAAGGCUUGUUGCAGUUGCUGUCUCCGUUGAAUCCACUGCCUUCUCAGCUUCGUUACCUUCAAUAUAUAUCAAGAAGAUAUUUAUCUCCUGAGUGGCCUCCACCAGAAAGAGCUCUUUCUUUGGAUUGUCUUAUUCUCCGUGAUAUUCCAAAUUUUGAUAAUCAAAGUGGUUGCAGACCAAUUAUCCGUAUUUUUGGUAGGAAUCUUCUCAGCAAAGAUGGUUUGAGUACCCAAAUGCUGUACACCAUGCCCAAUAAAAAUAAAAGCCUGCGGCAUUAUGGACGGAAGGACAGUGACCUUAUUAAGAUUGACAUACAGUGUUUGGUUAAAGGGGAUGUUGUUUUGGAAUGCGUUCAUCAGAAUUUGGAACCUGAAAGAGAAGUAAUGAUGUUUCGAAUAAUGUUCAACACUGCUUUUAUUCGGUCCAAUAUCUUAAUGCUCAACAGUGAGAAUCUGGAUAUUCUAUGGGAUUCAAAGGCGUGCUUCCCAAAAGGCUUUCGUGCAGAGGUCCUAUUUGGCGAGGUUGAAAACGCGUCUCUCCACGUAACUCCAACAUCAAAAUUAAAUUUUGAAGAAAAAGGCGGUCUACCAAUUGAAGCUUUUUCAAGAUGUCAAGAACUUUUCAGCGGUGCAGAGUGGGCUGAUAAUGGUGAUGAUGCUGCCUUAUGGUUACUGAAACAGCUUUCAGCGUUGAAUGAUGUUAAAGAGAUGUCGCUAUUGCGCAAAAGAUUUAGCGGGUAUUCAUCACCUCUUGAUUCAGAAGAGGAAAAUAAUGCAUCUAGUAUUGCAGAUAGCCUGGAUUUUCUGGACCCAGAUAAAGUUAAUAACCAUCAUUUUUCUAGUUUAAUGGGGAUGAAUUUCCCGGAUGAACCUUCAUCACAGGACUCCAAUCCUGAUGAAGCAUCUGAGCCUAAUAUACCUGCCCUUCCUAUAAAUUCUGAAACAACAUAUGAGAAUCCUAUGCUUCGUUUACAGCCAGUAGAAGUUGUCCAAGAAAAGGUUGACAAGGUUCUUUCUAUUAAUGCACUUUCCCUUCAAACACCACCUCCACCUCCACCACUUCCACCACCUUUUUCUCCUAAAAUUUCCGUCCCUUCAGUUUCUACUAUAAAAUCUAGUGAAAAUCUUUCAUUUCUUCCUCAGUUAGGGGAAUCAACAGUAAAGGAGGUGGACACCUAUUUUUCUAGAGUACCUCCUCCUCCACCUCCACCACCACCACCAUUUGCUGUCACAGUUCCUUCAGUCUCUUCAGAAAGUACUGUUUCUCCACCACUCACUCCUCCCUCACCACUACCAUAUUCUUUGUCUUCUGUUACAAAUGUAGGACUCCCAUUGGCACCCCCACCCCCACCCCCGCCUCUUCCUCCACCUAUUAGAAGCACAAGCUCGUCAUUGUCCAUAACGGAAUCUACACCCUCCGCUAUGAGUAGAGUGCCAUUCCCCCCUCCAUUUCCAUCUGCAUCUAUGAACAAAGUUGCCUCACCUCCUCCACCACCACCUCCUCCUCCUCCUCCAUUUCCUGUUACAAGAGGCAAUUCAUCACCACAUACCACAAAUAAAGGCUCACCACCACCUCCUUCUCCAUCUUUAUCAUCUACAACUCCCACAUUCAGUAAAGGAAAUGCACCACCUCCUCCACCAUUACCACCUUCAUUUCCUUCAUUAAAUAGAGGAAAUGCUCCACCUUUAGGGCCACCUCCUCCAUCUCUUCUACCUAUCUCUGCCGAAAAACAACCUUCUAAUCUAGUUCUUCUUGCACCGCCGCCACCACCACCACCACCACCACCACCACUUCCUCAUGUUUCUCCCCUCACUACAAAUAAAAUGAUUCCACCUCCUACACCAGCCCCUCCCAUCAAAGGUAGAGGGGCUCCGCCAUGUCCACCUCCUCUACCUUCUCCUAAGUUCCCACCAGAACCUCCACCACCAUCUUCCCUUAAGUCUGCUUUUAUUCAACCACCCUCUUUGGUGCCUCCGCCUCCUCCACCACCACCAUUAUCACAAUCUUUUAGUAGUUCUAGAUCUAAAGGGCCACCUAUACCACCACCUCUUCCUCCUCUUCAAAAUCUUGGGACUGUUUCAAAUCUUCCACCACCUCCACCUCCACCUCCUACUGGACCACCACGACAUACUUCUGUACCCCCACCCCCACCUCCACCUCCUGGUGAACCACAACGGAAAACUUCUGUACCCCCACCACCACCUCCACCUCCUGGUGAACCACAGCGGAAAACUUCUGUACCACCACCACCACCACUAGCUCCAAGUCUUCCUGCUGCCCCCCCUCCACCUCCACCUCCUAGUGGACCACCACGACAAACUUCUGUACCCCCACCACCCCCACCACUAGCACCAAGUCGUCCUGCUGCCCCCCCUCCACCUCCAACUCGCAAUUUGGGACAAGGUCCUCCCCCACCACCCCCACCACUAGCACCAGGUCGUCCUGCUGCCCCCCCUCCACCUCCAACUCGCAACUUGGGACAAGGUCCUCCCCCACCACCCCCACCACUAGCACCAGGUCGUCCUGCUGCCCCCCCUCCACCUCCAACUCGCAAUUUGGGACAAGGUCCUCCCCCACCCCCAACAAAAACUAUACCUUCAGCACCACCUCCAUCCGCCGGAAGGGGGAGAGUAGGAUCAACAAGCAUGGUAAAAAAUAGAGUUGGCGUAGGUUCGUCUAUUCCACCCAAAAAGACUUCAUUGAAGCCCUUACAUUGGGUGAAAGUUACACGGGCAAUGCAAGGGAGUUUAUGGGCUGAUCCUCAAAAACAAGAACAACAAUCAAGGGCUCCCGAGAUAGAUAUAUCAGAGCUUGAAAAUCUGUUUUCAGCAGUAUCCGUUUCAGAAGGUGCUGAAAAAGCGGCAGGUCGCCGCAUUUCCAAAGUGAAUAAACCAGAGAAAGUGCAAUUAGUUGACUUGAACAGAGCAAAGAACUGUGAAAUCAUGCUUGUAAAGAUAAAAGUCCCUUUGCAGGAUAUGAUUAAUUCUGUUCUUGCUUUGGAUUCUUCUGCUCUGGACAUCGAUCAAGUUGAGAAUCUUAUAAAGUUUUGUCCUACAAAAGAGGAAAUGGGGAUACUAAAGAACUACACGGGUGACAAGGAGACUCUUGGAAAGUGUGAGCAGUUCUUCUUAGAGUUGAUGAGGGUCCCACGAGUUGAGUCCAAGUUAAGAGUAUUUGCUUUUAAAAUUACUUUUUCGAGCCAGGUGGCUGAUUUGAGGUCUAACCUUAACACUAUGUAUAGUGUUGCCAUAGAGGUAACAGAGUCUGUCAAAUUACGCCAAAUAAUGCAGACAAUUCUUACUUUGGGAAAUGCCUUGAACCAAGGCACUGCUCGAGGAGCUGCAGUUGGAUUCAAGUUGGAUAGCCUGCUUAAGUUGUCUGAUACUCGUGCAAGAAACAAUAAGAUGACAUUGAUGCAUUAUCUGUGCAAGCUUCUUGCUGAGAAGUUGCCGGAUUUACUUGAUUUUGAUAAAGAUCUUGCUCAUUUAGAAGCAGCCUCUAAGAUCAAAUUGAAAACUUUGUCUGAGGAGGUGCAAGCUGUGAGCAAAGGACUUGAAAAGGUAGAGCAGGAACUCGCUGCCUCAGUGAAUGAUGGGGCAAUAUCUACAAGCUUCCAAAAGGCAUUGAAGAAUUUCCUGGAUACAGCCGAAGCUGAUGUAAGGUCACUUAUUUCAUUAUACUCAGAAGCGGGAAGGAGUGCUGAUAUAUUGUCUCAAUAUUUUGGGGAGGAUCCUGCUAAGUGCCCAUUUGAGCAAGUUACACAAAUCUUGUUUGUUUUUUCAAAAAUGUUCAAGAAGGCGCGUGAAGAAAACGCGCAACUAGCAGAAGCAGAGAAGAAGAAGCAGGAGAAAGAGGCCAUGAAAGAGUUGGCAACAGCUCAGUCCGCCAAAAGUGAUGUUGAUCGGUUGAGAUCGACCGCUCAUCAUAGAAGCCUCAAGAGUGUUGUUCCUCCUCAAUAAACUUGCAGUAAUAAUACAAUCCACAAUCACUUAAAGAAAAUGUCAUUAAAAUGACAAUUUUUAGAUUAGAAAAAUGAUUAUUUGUAUUUAUUGAACUAAAAUUGAUUAAUCUUCUGAGUUCAUAGUGUUAUUUAGAAA